AUGGGGGUGGUUCCCGUGCAAGAUGGUGGCUUGUGCCUGACUGAGCCGUGCUGGAAUUACGACGAAUGUCUCACCGUCCUCAAGUUCGGCAACGCCUCGAACUUUAUCUCGUCCAACUCGGUGUUCUUCAGGCCUAUCUAUCCUGUCACCACCAACGCCUGUCGCUGUCCCAAGGGUUUCACCGGGAUGCAGAAGAGCUACGAGUGCGACACGGAGGUUGACCUGUGCUACAGCAGCCCUUGCGGCCACCACGGUACUUGUAUGCCCAGGGAGGGCGGCUACACCUGUCUCUGUCUGCCCGGCUACACAGGCGUGAACUGCGAGGUGAACAUGCUGAGCGGUCAUUGCGUGGACGGCGUCUGCAGGCACGGCAGCCACUGCACCUCCAUCAGGAGCGCCACCAGCGCCAUGCUCUCCUCCAUGCCCAGAUCUCUGGCAUCUCGUCUCCCAUCUACCACGUCUCUGGAGACAGGCGGCUUCACGUGUUCGAACUGCACGCGUUCACUGUACCACACGUCUACGUGUGAGCUGCGCGCACGUCGUUUCGCUAAGGGAUCCUUCUUGACGUUCCCAGCCUUGAAGCAGCGCCAUAGGAUGCUCCUCAAGAUCAGCUUUGCCACCAGAACCUCUGAUGGCUUGCUGCUCUACAACGGUCGUUAUAAUGAUAAACAUGACUUCAUUUCGCUCGAGAUCGUCGAUGGUGCUGUGGUUUUCUCGUUCAACCUCGGCGACGACACGACGAGAGUGGCUGCGUCUCUGCCGCACGGCGUUGAUGAUGGAGACUGGCACACAGUCACUGUUGACUACCUCCACAGGGUUGUGACUGUGAGCAUCGAUGACUGCGACACUGCCGUGGCAGUAGGUCAUGGGGAUCGAGUGGGCGGCUACUACUGCGCGAAUACUACCACGAAGCAACUGCCGCCGAGAUGUGCGAGUCACCGUGCGACCUGCAACAGGUUCCUGGACCUGACAGGGCCCCUGCAGGUGGGAGGCCUCCCCUCGCUCCCCGAAGGUCGUCGUGUGCAGCAGCAGGACUUCUUCGGCUGCAUCGCUGACCUCUACAUCGACCAUAAAUUUAUAGACCUUAACUCGUGCCCCUCAUCCAUGCGCCUAGCAAUGAGCAUCGCUCAUAGCAACAGUGUCGAGUUUACCUUG